ACGAGUAGGCCCAACUCCUCGACGGCCAGCCGCCGGUGCUACCUCACUCCUGUGUUUCUUCAUUGCAAUAGCUGUGACGGCGACGACGCAGCUUGAAAGGUAGUUGUCCGCGACCAACCCCCUCCCUCUCCCGUCGACGGAGGCCGACGCCGAUGGCGAGUCGGCGGGAACGCAGGCUUCCGCCCGCACCCGCUUUCCAGAUGGAGAACCCCUUCAGCGUGAAGGUUCUUCAGGUCUUCACCGGCGCCGGCGUCGGCUGCGGCGUCGGAAUCGGCGUCGGCCGCCCAAUCUACCUAGGUAUGAUACCGGGCCUUCAGCAAGUUAUGAGUGCCACAAGAGGUGCAACCGAUUCUUUUUCUGGUGUCACGAGACAUGUUAAUUCUGCUCUAAGGAAAGCAGGGUUAAAGAACAUUGAAGCGGGCAUUGGAUGCGGAGUUGGUAUAGGACAUGGUUUUGGGAUAGGAAUUGCCUUGAAACCACGAGCAAUUCAUGGAAUUCAAUCAUCGAUUGCAGAAGUUUUGUCCAAGUUAACUUCAAAGCUGAGGGAUUCCAGUGGGGAGACAGCUACAUCAGAUCUUACCUCUGGUUCGUUGCCUACCAGUGGACAAAGACCCAAUGGUAUGUCCAUGGAUCUAGAGGCUAAGGCAUUCAAAAGCAAUUUCCAGCAUACUUCAAGCAAUGAAAUAUCACAAGUACAGCCGACUCAUGAAUUGCGUGGCCAGAAUGGGAUGCAGCAAGAGAUGAUAACAGGAGGUCGAACUGAAAAGGUCAUUGCCAACUUUCUGCAGAGUCCCCUGUUCCAGAAUGAUACAAAAACGGACAUCAGGGAUGCAGCUGUAAAUUUGCAUGGGACGGAUAAUGUACUUCAGUUGGUGCUGAAGCACCAAAGAGUUAUCGAAGAAUUACGAGACGAGAAUGAAAAGCUGCGUCAGGUGCUCAUAGAGGAACUUAAGAUUUCACCAGCUAAAUUACAACCGGAUCGGACAAGUGGAGUGAAGGCCUACUAUCCAUGCUCGGAGUGCUUUGACUGCCGCCGUCGAAGUCGGAAAUCAAACAGAUAGCAGUGGCAUUGACUCUAGUUAUUUGUAGCCAAGUUUUUGCUAUUUUUUCCACUAGCCGAAUCUUUCACUAGAGCAAUAGUCAUAGCUUUCUGCAUGAUAUUCUCAACAACAACGGCCAGGCCAGCUAUUUUUGCUGAGACACUUUAUCUGAUCUACGUUAUGUUCCAUGUAGAUGGUGAAAAUUUUGAAGCUUGAUGUCUCUACUCGGUACAA